AAUAUUUAUCGGUCUCUUCUCUUGUCUAUUUUUGUUUGAAUUCAUAUAUCCAAAUCUCAAAAUUCUCUUUCUCUGAACUGAUCUCAGAUUCGCUCCCUUCAAAAUCCACUUUUCAAUUACACUUCCAAUACCCAAAAUUUUUUGCCAAAUCCAAACGUUUUCUUCAACCCUUUUUAGUAUCUAUAUCAUAUACUCUUUUGCUUUGCUGUUCUUCUUGAAUGAAUCUAGCUGCUGCUUUGCUCUUUCAGAGAGCUGAAAUUUGAUCGAAUUGGGUGUUUCAGUGAGUUGACUCGGAGGGAAGCGCUGAAAAAGGGGUAUAUCCGUUUCUGGGUUGUUUUUUUUUUGUUUCGCUUGGUUGUUGACAAGGCUGAGGUAAUGAAAUUUGUGGUUUUGUUUGAUCUUUAGAUUCAUAGGGAAAAUGGGAAUUUUAUACUUGAUAAAAGAUAUGUUGCAAUGUUAAGGAUUAGUUUAUUUGGGGAUUUAUUUUGUUAGCAGGGUACUGAUGUGACUUAUUAGAUUCUUAUUGCUUCAGCUGUUUCUGUAGCUUUUAUGUUGUUCUAGAAUGGAAGUUUGAUUCCAGUUGGUUUUUGUUGCAGGCUUACUUGGCUUGUUCUAAAAAGAAUUCUGGGGCAAAUUAUUCUCACAUUUCUAUAUAUUCACGGGAACAGUUGAAGCUUUGAAAUAUUUUGCCAUAUAAUUUGUGAACAAGAUUAGUCUGUGAAGCUGGAUGAAGUGGGUGAGCCAGAUAAAAUUUUUAUAAUUUUUGAGGCUUUGGGAUUAGGUAGUGUUUAGUUUCAAAUUUGCUGUUGUGAUGGGCUGUGAGUGUUCCAAGCUCUGUACCUGUUGUUGGACUUCUGAUUUUGAUGGAUCAGUUCCUGAGGGCCAAAAUGAGGAAAAUGAGGAGAAGAACGAAGUUGAUGAUUUACCCCCGUUCAUUGAAUACACCAUUGAGACACUCAAGAUGGCAACAUCUGGGUUUGCUGUGGAGAAUAUAGUUUCUGAACAUGGAGAAAAGGCUCCAAAUGUGGUUUACAAGGGUAAGCUUGAAAAUCAGAGGAGGAUUGCUGUAAAACGAUUUAAUAGAUCUGCUUGGCCUGAUGCCAGACAGUUUUUGGAAGAAGCAAGAGCUGUUGGUCUGCUUCGGAACCAUAGGCUGGCAAAUUUACUUGGCUGUUGUUGUGAAGGGGAUGAGAGGCUACUUGUUGCAGAGUAUAUGCCCAAUGAUACAUUAGCAAAACACUUGUUUCAUUGGGAAACCCAACCGAUGAAAUGGGCAAUGCGACUCAGGGUGGCUUUACAUCUGGCACAAGCACUAGAGUAUUGUACUAGUAAAGGGCGUGCCCUGUAUCAUGAUCUGAAUGCUUAUAGAAUUGUUUUUGAUGAUGAGGCCAACCCUCGACUUUCAUGCUUUGGUCUGAUGAAGAACAGCAGAGAUGGAAAAAGUUAUAGUACGAACCUGGCAUUUACUCCUCCUGAGUAUCUGAGAACUGGCAGAGUAACACCCGAAAGUGUAAUGUAUAGCUUUGGCACCCUUUUGCUUGACCUUCUCAGUGGAAAACAUAUUCCUCCCAGCCAUGCACUGGACUUGAUAAGGGACAGAAAUAUUCAGAUGCUUACUGAUUCUUGUUUGGAAGGCCAAUUUACAAAUGAUGAUGGGACUGAAUUGGUGCGAUUAGCCACUCGAUGUUUACAGUAUGAGCCUCGUGAGCGGCCAAAUCCAAAGUCAUUAGUUGUUGCUUUGAUUCCACUUCAGAAAGAUUCUGAGGUUCCUUCUCAUGUAUUGAUGGGUAUUCCAGAUGGUGCUGCACUUUUGCCUUUGUCACCUCUUGGUGAGGCUUGCUUAAGAAUGGAUUUGACUGCCAUGCAUGAGUUCAUAGAAAAGAUUGGAUAUAAAGAUGAUGAGGGUGCAGCUACUGAGCUCUCAUUCCAGAUGUGGACCAAUCAGAUGCAGGAAACAUUAAACUCAAAGAAAAAGGGCGAUGUUGCCUUCCGGCAUAAAGAUUUUAGAGCUGCCAUUGAAUGCUAUUCCCAGUUCAUUGAAGUUGGAACCAUGGUUUCUCCAACUGUCUAUGCACGUCGAAGUCUAUCUUAUCUCAUGAGCGAAAUGCCACAGGAAGCUCUUAAUGAUGCAGUGCAAGCCCAAGUAAUAUCCCCCGUUUGGCAUAUUGCAUCCUAUUUACAAGCAGCUUCUCUUUUUGCUUUGGGAAGGGAGAGCGAGGCACAAGCAGCUCUCAAAGAGGGAUCAACACUGGAAAGUAAAAGAACAACAAACGCUUGAUGAAGCUCAACAAACCUCUUCUUGAAUCACUCUUCCUUGAGAUGACCACAAAGGUAACACAAGCUUAAAUUUCCAGGCAGGAUGAUCAAGUAUUAUCCUGGAUUUGUGUGGGUCAUAAAUGGGCCCAUCUUCUGCAUGUCAUUGCUUGUCAUCUUCGAGAAUUCUUUUCAACAAAUUAUUGGAUGGGUUGGUUUGUCACUUUGCUGGGUAUUUGCCAUAUUGGGACACACUCACAUGCACAUAUGAACAAUUUACCCUUGUUUCUAUAGCUGAUCUUUUCCAAUACGCCAAUCUAGGGAAAUAAUUUACAUGUUUGUAGAGAGAUUCAGCUCUUGUUUAAAGAUGCAUUUAGAGGGUGAAUAGAAGUCUUUGCAAUCCUUGUAAUUUAUGUACAGUGCUAUUGGUUGCGGUUUCAGUUGCCGAAGGUGAGGUGAAAUGGGGUGGUUGUAUUUUGGUAUGCUGUUACGAAUUUUUUGAAUUCAUAUUAUUGCUUUCUAUUUGAGUCUUCUUAUUUUCUUUUUCUUGUGCAA